AUGGAUGCUAUGAGCCGCGCCUUAAGAAAAGCUGCUCGGUCACCAUUCUCAGAUGACAUUGAACGGGCCCCAAUGCCAAAUAGGUUCACCCGACCACCAUUUAAUUCCUAUGAUUGGAAAACAGACCCGGUGGAGAAUAACAGCCACUACAUCCAAAUGAUGUCUCUGCAUACUCAUAAUGAUGCGCUAAUGUGUAAGGUAUUUCCCUCAAACCUUGGGCCCACAGCAUUGAAAUGGUUUAAUGGGUUACGGAAGGGUUCCAUUCACAGUUUCGCUGAACUAAUCCAAGAAUUUGGUGUUCGGUUUGUGACCUGCAGCCAGGUACCGCAACCGGUGGACGUGUUGCUUUCUAUGAAAAUGAGGGUUGAGGAAACCCUUCGCAGUUAUACCAGCCGGUAUUGGGAGUUUUACAAUAAGAUAGGUGAAGGCAACGAAAAGAUUGCGGUGAACACCUUUAGGAUGGGGCUCCCCGAGGACUCCGGACUACGGGAAUCACUGACGAAGAAGCCUCCCGAAAGUAUGAGACAGCUAAUGAGGCGCAUUGAGGAGUAA